AUGAAGGUGUUUAUUCAUCAAUUAUACUCCAUAUUGGAUCAAUCUGACUUACGUGAAUGGAUACAUUGGAUACCUGAUGCCGACGGUGUGUUUGCUAUAAAACCAUUUCAUCAUAAUUUUAGUCAAAAGGUAUUACAAAAAUAUUUUAAACAUAAAAACUUCACAAGUUUCGUUAGGCAAUUAUAUAUGUAUGGUUUCCAUAAACUAUCUCCAAAUAAAAAUGUUAUUGAUUCAAAAGCGUCAUUAACAAGUAAUACUGGAAAAACGUCACAAACAAAUUCCACGUCAGCAAAGGAUUCAAAUUCUCGAAAGUCAAAUUCAUUAAGUGAUAAGAGUAAAGGAAAUUCAGAAAAUGCCAAGAAUGGUAAAGAAGAUAUUGAAUGGUAUUUUACACAUCCAUCGGGAUUGUUUCAUAAGGGUUCCGAUGUGGUUACAUUGAAUAAAAUUCAAAGGAAAGGUAUUGGAUUUGGAAGAGAUGGGAAGAGAAAAAAUAUCCUCACAAGGUUAGAUGUAUGUUAUAUAGAACACCCAGAUACUAUGCAUCAAACAACAGAGACAAACUACGGAUAUAACAUGCCCAACUCGGAGGAUCAAUUUCAAUAUUCAACGUAUGAAGAAAAUGAAGUAAGAAACCAGAGUAUAUAUAAUAUGUACAAUAAUAAUAUGAGCCAGAACAGUGAUCUCAAUGUACUACGCAUACAAAAUAAUGGUGAUAAUAGCAGUAUUAAUAAUACUAACAAUGUCUUCAGGCGCCAUUCUAGUAACAAUUCGAUAUACAGUAAUCCUCAAUUGGCUAUAGAAAAUGAACAUAAUAUAAAUGUACCUCACAAGUCAUUUUCCGAUCAAGAGCCACAGCAUGUAACACAACCAUUUUCCUAUAAAUCAGAUUUAAAUAACUAUCAUACUCAACAAAAGAAUGUUCCCUCGAGCAAUAUGUCGUAUGUCCUACACAAUAACUCCGGUAACAAUGCAAAUAGAUUAUCUCCGAUUUCUAGUUCGUAUCAAUCAAUUUCAAAUAAUAUUAAAAACACUACGCCCAUCGUUCCUUUACUAUCCCGUUUACCAAACAGAAUGUUAAAUCCAAUUAAACCUCUAACAUCUCCUCCUAGCCUAAUUAAUAACUCAAACCUUGGUGACAAUGUUUAUAAAACAAAAAGCGAAUCAAGUAUUUCUGCAAGUUUAGGUGGCUCAAGCAAUGAGAGUAAUAUGGGACACCUCAAUGAGAGAAGUUCAAGCUAUUUUCUUAGUCCUUACACAAGUAAUAAUAUUAAAAGUGUAAAUUCAAAAAAUACUUCAGAAUCAUUCAAAGGUAAUUUACUUAAGUCAGAAAGAAAAGAAAAGUUACUUACCGAUACGUUAUUAAUUAUUUCCACCUUUUCAAAAAAUCUUUACGAAGUAAAUAUAAAUCAAGGUUUAAAUUUGCUGUAUUUAGUUGCUGACUUCCAAAAUACUAUAUAUCGUCUUCAAGAACAGUUGGAUACCCUAAAAGAACUCGAGAAUGUAAGUCAAAAUAAACAUGUAACUGACUUUGGUUCCGAGAAUUUGAGCUCACAGGCACCAACAGCUUCAAUAAUGUCAACUGGUGAUCCAUACAUUAGUUCGGUAUACAAUACAAAUGCUUCUCAAAAUAGUAUAUAUGAAGUUCAUUCUUAUAAUUAUAAGUUAGCAAAUUCAAAGUCACCGACGUCUUCCUUAAGACCCAAUUAUUUUCCAUCUCUUCCAUCAUUUCAAAACAGAUUCGAAGAAAAUAUUACGUCAAAAGGACCUUUGAUAAAUAAAGGAACAAAGGAUGUGUUCAAAGGUUGA